AAGAAAUUCAUGCUCAUUCAAAUAUUUUAUGUGCUAGGUCUCAAUAUUUUCGUACUGCAUUUUCUAAUGAAUGGGCUAAAAAAGAAGAUGGAAAAUUUAUUUUCAGAAAACAAAAUAUUAGUCCACAUUUAUUUGAUAUUAUUCUUAGAUUCCUUUAUUGUGGAAAUAUUGAAUUAAAGAAUUUACAAGGGCCAGAUGUAUUGAACUUGUUGAUGGUGGUGGAUGAACUUAAUAUUCAUUCAUUGAUUACUUAUAUUCAAGAAUAUUUGAUAGAAAAUCAAACUGAAUUUUUACAUCAAAAUCCAACCGUUAUUCUUGAAACUUUUUACCAACAUGAAACAUUUUCAGAUUUAUGGAAUUUUUGUCUUGAA